CCUAAAUCUCUCUCGCUCUCUCUCUCUCUAACACACAAAUUAAACUAAAGAUAACUAAGAAAUAAAAACCCACAACAUGGGAUCACUUGUGGGACAUGUUUUAUCAGGGUUUGCUUUAUUGGCACUUGGCCUAUGGCACUUAUUCAACAACAUAAAACUCUUCUGUCUCCAUCCAAACACCUUCACUUCGUCUCCAUGGUUCCCGAUGUCAAAGCUCAGACACUUGGAGCUCUACUUAAUCAUGUUCUCUUCAUCAGCUUCUAUAUCAAUGGAGCUCUUCAUUGGCCCUAGAAAACACCAUCCCUUUGACUCCGACGGCACCAUCCCAUCGAACCACCUCCACAACUUCGAACAUUCUUCCAUCUCCAUGUCCUUCUUGGUUUAUGCUGUUUUCGCAAUAGUCCUAGACCAAGCACGACCUAGAGCAGCGGCUUCUGAAGGGCUAACCAUCCUAGGUGCAGCCGCUGCCUUCACUCAGCAGCUAUUUCUCUUUCAUUUUCACUCUACCGACCACAUGGGCGUUGAGGGACAAUACCAUUUAAUCUUCCAGCUCAUUAUCUGUGUCUCUCUCCUCACCACUCUCAUGGGAAUUGCCUUGCCCAAGAGUUUUUUGGUGAGCUUUGUGAGAUCUUCAAGCAUAACUUUUCAAGGAGUUUGGUUGAUAUUGAUGGGUUACAUGCUUUACACACCGAGUUUUAUCCCUAAGGGAUGUUUUAUUCAAGAUGAAGAAAGACACCAAGUGGUUAAGUGUUCCACGGAAGAAGCUCUUCAUAGAGCUAAAUCGUUGAUCAACAUUGAGUUCAGUUGGUUAUUCGUUACAAACACAAUAUUUAGUGUGAUGCUAUAUUUGAUCCUGCAUCGUGUUUACGGUGAAAAGGUAGAGUACUCUAGUCUAACCACCAAAUAUCAAACAGAACAAGAUGAUGAAGAACAACAACCCUUCGAAUUGCAGUCGCCUCAGAAAAUGAGUUUUGUCCAAAUGGGUAAACUUGUUGUUGAUCAUGGAGAUAAAAUGUGAGAAAGUUUCUCUGUGGUGAUUAAUGUUAUUGGUUAUGUAUGAUAAAAAGUGGUUAAUUUUAGUUCAAAUUUGUAUGAAGUAAAUGACCAAUAACUAUUAUGGUGAGUUUGUGUUAGUGGGAAAAAUGUGGCUCUUGGCUAAUAUUUUAGUUUAUUUUCUUCAGAUAGUUGCAAUGCGUAUCGUAUGUACAUGGUUGCUUUGUUGGUUGUAUUGUAAAACAGUUUCCGGUUUCUAAUAUAAGUAAGAUUACCA